UGUGCAACCGAAUAGACGACUGUUUUCAGGAGACAAUGAACGGGGUACCCCACAAACAGGACUCGGGUCAUCGACAACAGCUCUUCAACUGCAACCAUGCUGAUUAUAGGGCAACGUUCACACGAGAGUGGCGUUUGAAAGAGCACGAGACCGUGCACACGGGAGAGGUAAAUAUGAUCUGGGGACAUGGCUGAUAUUUGCGUGAUAUUCGAAUUCAAUUAUGGUUCAUGUGGCUGUAACCUCAUUAUCGGGCUAAUUGAGUUAAUGUGAAAAAUGUGCGGUAGUGCGUAGACUAAUUCUGCCAUAAAUGUGGCGCGAUAGUUCGAAUGGCAACGUUAUUUCAGAAAUUUGAGCCUCAUGGUUGGAGUCAAAUAUUACGAUGGUGUAAACUAUCAUUUAUAACCCUAUUUGUUGUUUCUCAGCAACCUCUUCAAUGUAAAGUGGCAGUCGUUUCUCACGGAAUUCUCACAUGCGCCGCCACGCACUUGGCUACACCGGGGUGAAAAAAUUCAGGUAGGUUAAUACUUUCAGUUUACGUUUCAUUGCAAACCCAUGGGUUAGGCUAUAGUUUGAAAAACUUGCUAUAGUUUGAACAACUUAACUAACGCUAGUGUUAUUUGUCACUCAACAGAUGUACCUUUGUGAGUUGCACAAAUACUUUCUUCAACGCGGCCAAGUUGAAGAGACACGUCCAUUAUGCCCACGGAGAAAAGGACACGUACUUUAAGGUUAUAGUCCACUAGAUGGAGCCAAAUAACCACGUUGCAAUUUGGACAUUGCCCACUUUCUGCAUCCUCUCUAGUCCCUUUUUAAUCGGACCCCCUUGGCCCUGUCAUGUGUACUUUAUGAAAUGGGUUCUUGCAAUUAAUUUGUAGAAACCCUUUCCCUUUAUUUACCGUUAUCUUAAUGUGCUGAAUGUUAUUUUUACCUGCUUAAAUGUCCCCAUGUGCAGUGCAAUUUCCCAAAUUGCUCAUUGACAUUCAAGAAACGGAGGGUGUAUAAAUUACAUUUGAAGGCGCAUGGAACAUCUUCUAAUUUCAAGUAAGUCACAAUCUUUAAAUGUCCUUACAUCCUUUGAAUACUGCCAAAGGCCUAAGCUGAUGCACAAGUUGAGGAAGUAUACUCUAUUUAAAAUGCAAAUGUAUGCAUGUCUCAGUAGGUUAAUGGUUAAAUGAUUCUGUCCCUGGUUUUCUCAGAUGUUCAAAGAGAGGAUGUGGAGUCACGUUUGACACCCAUGUCGCUCGCAAAGCCCAUGAGAAGAAACAUGCAGGUUUGUCCCUUUUGACUGUUUGUCGGUCUUCUAUUGCUGUACUGUCUUGCAUCAAUCAAUUCAAAUAAAUCUUGCAAUCAUUUUGUAUUACAACUAUCAAAGGGGUAGUAGGAGUUUUAUUUAUUCAUUUUACUCUUAACUUAAAACUGCCCAUGCAUAUCUCACACACUCUGCAGGGUACCGCUGCUCACAGCCUGAAUGCAAUCAUUUUGAGCAAACUUGGGGGAAAAUGCACAAGCACAUGGCGAAACACCAGGGUAAGCACCACCAAACACCCUUAACUGGCGCUGUUACUGAAUGUGAUGAGAAGUACUAAUUAUUGUACCAGUCAGGGCCAACCUGCCUUUCCUCUCACAGGAAAACACUGUUCGAAUGUCAUUGUUUUCACAUUUAGGGUGAUUCUGAUUUUUAGUCAUCAGCCUUCUACCACUUCUGUAAAUAUCCUGCCUUGUACCCUGCUAGUUGUAGUGACAGUAUUUGAGAAAUGGCUUAUAAUGAGUUAGCUGAUUAGUAAUGCAGUUAAGGGGACGUUUAUUUUAUUGGGGACCUUUUUUAGUUUCAAGAAACAUUCAUACUCUGCCACCAGCUGCCUGCUCAUAACCUCUGUUUUGGCUAAUGGACAACUUGUUGGGCAGGAAUCCCGUAGUAACAUUUGCCUCUCCUGUCCCUGCAGCCACAUUCACCUGUAAACUGUGCCAGAAGGUGUUUAAGCAUGUGGACUCUCUGCGUAGACACAAACGGACCCAUGCCCUGCAGAAGCCUGUCCUGCUGUGCCCCAGCAGCGGCUGUAAGGCCUAAUUCUCCACUACCUUCAACCUGCAGCACCACAUCCGCAAGACCCACCUGCAGCUCCUCAAGUACCAUUGUUACUUCCCCGACUGCCCUAGGACAUUUGCCAUGCGGGUAUGCACUGUACCCCUUGUGGUCCUGUGUUCAGUAGGAGUAAGAAUGGUGAUCUAGGAUCAGGUCCUCCUGUUCAAUAUGAUCUAAAAGGUGAAACUUAUCCUAUAUCAACACUACUGAGACUUUCACUCUUUUUGAAUAAGGGCCCUGGUUAUAAAAAUUCCUGUGCUCUGCUGGUUAAGGGUCCUGUCUCUAUCUGCCCAGAUACGUUUAUGCAGUUAAAUGGUAAAUACUCCAACUUUCCAGAGGGCAUUGUUUUAGUCAUUCAAGGCCCUAGGUAUAGUGAAAUUGUUUGCCAUUGUCCUAGGCAUAGCACAGGUGUAGCCUAGAGUGCUUUCAAUUUAUUCUGUAUUUGUUUAGACCAGGGAUGGACAACUCCAGUCCCCGGGGGGGGGGGGGGGGGGGCUGAUUGGUGUCACACUUUUGCCUGAGCUAACACACCAGACUCCAACUAGUUAUGACCUUCAGUUUAGAAUGUAAUUAGUUAAUCAGCGGUUUGCUAGGAUGGGGGAAAAGUGACCACUCUGGCCGCUGAGGACUGGAGUUGCCCAUCCCUGAUUUAGGCAGUCUCGUUUUAUCUGAACACACUUGUAGCAUUCUGCCCUAAGCUGCCACUGAACUCUCCUCUUCAGCCUGCUCUUUCUGACGUCCAUUUGUCAGCGGUCUUACUAAGAACACGCGUCCUUAACUGUCUAGUCUUCUACACUGUGGUGACGACGUGCAGUUGGGUUUCAAUCACUGCAUGCAAAGCAGCAUCAUGAAUUUCUAAGCAGUUACUGAAUGUCUUGUCAUUGAACUACUAGUGUCUGAUUUUUCCAUCACCUCCCUGUGGACCGAAUGGAAUUUGAAUUCCAAGAUAAACGUGUCCAUGUAGUGGAUGGAGAUGUUUGCCAUUGUGGCACUGGUACUGUAUGAAUGUUUAGAAUAGAUGGAUGUUCAUAGUUUGCUGGUGUCAUAAUGUUUAUACUCCAUCGUUGUCAUGACUAACAUCUCUGUUCAAUCUCACAGGAGAGCCUGAGCCGACACCUGGCUCACCACGACCCAGAGGCCAGCCCUGAGAAGGUAAGCAUGGUUUUAUAGUCAGUCUAUCCCCUGUGGGUAAGAUGACGUGGGCUUGAGCCAACAGUGGAGCUACUGUUUGUGGUGUGCCAAGUGUCUGGCUCUGGCCAGGUGACCAUUGAUCUGUAUGUGUACCCUGAACCAUGUCUUUGAACCAGUUGAAAGCAGAGUCCCUUAGAUGUCUGGCAGAGUUAAGGGAAUCUAUAGUAGCUUUGGGGCUCAAGGGAGGGGUGGCGUUUACUCACACAAUGUCGGUCUUGUCUCAAUUUGUCCAGCUCUGGAGCUCCUACAGGAACUGAAGUCCUAAUACACAGGCUUCCUGUCUAGUGGGCAUUUAAAAAAAAAGUUAAUGACCCUUCUGAACAGUUGUGGGGAAUUGUUCCACUAGACAUUUUAUACCUCAGAACUACAUUUUCCUUUGUCGCAUCUUGUGUUUUUCUCUGUAGCAGAAGCGCAAGCGGAAUAAGAAGGCCUGGCAGAAGCGUCUGGAAGGCCACCACCAGCUGCCACUGGUGGAGGACGACCUGCAGCACCUCUUCGCCUUGCGCAUGAGGGUGUCACGACGGGCGACGGUGGAGGCUGGCCUCUUCAACGAGCGCAAGAUUCCCCACUUUGUGGACUCGGAGGUCAACCUGCGUGACCUAUUCAGCAUCAAGCCCCCUCACUCCCUCCGCCCUGCAGAGCAAGGCCCUGUGGAGGUCACCCAGCCAGAGGUCACUGAUCAAGGGUUA